AUGUCCUCAGCUGCGCAGCGGCCAGGGCGGUGGCCCGUGCCCCACAUCGUACUCGUCUACGGCGGUUGGAAGGGCGCCUGCAGCCGAAAGAGCGCCGCGAAGGUGGGACGCGAGGACCUCCUCGCAUACUUCUUCGAGGCGCACGUCUGGCAGCCCACGGCCCCAGGCGAGGCGUUCAAGAGGGACGCGCACUACGACCCCGAAUUCGGGCGGAAGCACGAGCUCCGCGCGACGUUCCACAAGACGUACGGCGGCGCAGACGAGGGCCCCGUCGAGCUCACCGCUGUGGGGUGGGCGGACAUGAUCGACAACGUCGUGCAGCUCGAGCUCGUCCCGAGCGAGACUGCUGUGGCGGGGCCAGCCUCGUCAUCAAUCUCGCCCGCGGCCUGA